AUGGUGCCGAUUACGUUGACGUCCGCCGAACAAUCACGGCCGUCCCCGACGCGUCCGCCGUAUCCGCAGAUGGCGGACAUGACGGAGGCGAUCCCGCGGGCCUUUUCGCUGAUGCAGAUGGCCGAGGCCGAGAAAACCGGCGUGACGGCCGGCGGUAGCGAGGCGCCCGGCGACGAGGACCGCAGUCAGCCGCGGUCGUUGUUCUCGUUGUCGCCGUUGCCGGCCAAUGAUCGGCGGCCAGUCGAGCCGCAGGACGAGAGGGUGCGCGAGGAGGGCGCGAACGAUGGGGACGACGAGGAAGAGGAGGAGCACGAGGGCGAGGGGGAAGUGGACGACGACGACGACGACGACGAAGGCGUGGAGGAGGAGGAGGAGGCGCAGGCCGAAGAGGAAUCUUCGGAGAACGAGGACGAGUGCGACGAGACCAGCGAAGAUGAAGACGACGAUGACGACGACGACGAGGAAGACUCGUGCGCCUAG